AUGCGCACAGUUUUCAUCAAAAACCAGGGCAAGCUGUUCCAGGUUGUUUUAAAGUCCAUCAAUGUUCCAUUGCGUUAUAUUCACACCAAGGAAUCUCUCGAGCCGGUUUGGAGGUCCAUCUGUAAGGUCGAUUCGAACAAGGAUGUCCUAUCGGGCGAGCCGCUAGUUAAAUUCACACUUAUCUCGCGGUCAGAGACAGAACACAUCUUCACUGUCCGGCUAUCACAUGCCCAGUAUGAUGGCUCAUCGAGGCCAAUUAUUCUUCGCGAUCUUGUGACUGCUUACAACCAAGACAUUCACUCUGGCCCAGUUUGUGCAACCUUUCCUGACUACGUGUAUUUCUGUGCUAGCAACCGCUCCAAAUGUGCAUUUAACUUUUGGAAGGACUAUCUGCAAGGCUCAGUGAUGACAAUGCUUCCAUGUUCAGAUCUGCAAGCAAAUCAAGUUUCCGCGGAUAUCCACGAGAUCGCGUUCGGAGACCUCCCCAGCGCCUUGGAGGAUAUCACAAUCCCCACGUUGAUUAACGCAGCUUUCUCCUUCGUCUUGGCUAGUUUGACCAAGAAGGACGAUGUUGUGUUUGGAGUGGUGACGAAUACGCGUGCCAUUCCAUUGCCUCGGGUACAUACAAUUCUCGGGCCCUGUAUCAAUCACAACCCACUUCGAGCUCGCCUCGCGCAGGUCUGGUCGGUCAUCGACUUGUGCAGGCUGUUACGCGACCAAUACGCACAAUCUCAGCAAUUUUGUCACAUCGAGUUUUCCGACAUACUUGCCAAGAGUACGGAUUGGCCUUCGGAUACCAAAUUAGGAUGCAUCUUGAACCACCUAGGUGAGGGUGAUAAUAGUUCCCUGCCUUUAAAGGGAGGUGGCAUUAUUUCGGAUUCUUUUGCCAUGGGUCGGAUCGAUUUACAGGAUCAGCUUUUGAUCCGGGCUAUUCCAGGGAAAGGAAAAUUGCAGGUUCAAGUUCUCACAUCAAACAGAAUCAUGGACUCGGAACAAGCUGGAUUGCUGGCAAAAAGCCUGAUCGAUACGGCAAAUGCGUUCGCUAUGUCUCCAGAGGCACCGCUCUCUUCUAUGUCCUUUCUUCAUACCUAG